AUGUCAAAGAAAUUCGACAAACUCCUAGAAGUAAUUUUGGUAUUUUAUGAAGAAGUAAGAUUUACAGAGGCAGCCACAGAUAGCACGAACCUGGAACCUAACUGGGAUGGAAUUAUUGCGUGUUUUGACUCGAUUAGAGCAGGAGAAGUGCCAGCUAAGGUUGCGAUGCAGUCAAUACGAAAACGAAUUCAACACGAUAAUCCUCAUGUUGUGAUGCAUGCACUUCUUGUGCUCGAUGCAUGCGUAAAAAACUGCGGUCAUAAGAUUCAUGCUGAAGUUGCUACUAGAGAAUUCAUGGAGGAGUUCAAGAAUCUUGGAAUAGGAAGCCAAUAUGAAGAUGUGAAAACCAAAGUACUGGAAAUGCUGCAGUGUUGGGCAAUGGCAUUUGCUAAUAAACCAGAAUACAAAAUUGUCGUUGAUACCCACAAUCUUAUGAAGUUAGCUGGUUUCGACUUCCCGUCCAUAAAAGAGGCUGACGCGAUGUUUACGGCUCAAGUUGCUCCUGAUUGGCAUGAUGGAACCGAGUGCUACCGGUGUCGUUCCGAGUUCUCCUUGUUCAAUCGUAAACACCACUGCCGCGCAUGUGGACAGAUUUUCUGUGAUCGUUGCAGUACAAAAGAGCUACCUCUUCCACAGUUCGGGAUCGAAAAAGAAAGUGAACCGGGUACCUCCGUGUCGGCUAACGCGGAUAUCACACAAGCAGAAAAAGACAAGCUUCUGAAAGAGAAGGAAGAGGAGGAUUUGGCACUUGCGUUAGCUAUCAGUCAAAGCGAGGCUGAAGCAAAGGAGCAGGAGAGGCAAAAAUCGUUGUAUGCGAUCUACAACGGCGACACCUCGAGCGCAGCUGUGAUCAAUGACGCUGCUUCACUUUCCUCAUAUAAUCCAUCUGAAAUGGGAUAUAAAGGUGCUGCUCCGAGCAUCGCAGAAUCUCCUUCAGACCAUCUUCCGGCAGACGAUCCUCUUGCUAGAUAUCUAAAUCGUGAUUACUGGCAACAAAGAAGAGCAGGUGCUACUACGAAGAUGGAAGAAUGGGCUGGUGCUUCGGCGUCUGCUCCUCUUCCAAGUGAAACAUCAAUUCCACCUGUGAACAACACGGUCGCUAAUGUUCAAACUGAGCUAACUCAGUUAUCGCUGAAUCAGAGCUCACCCAUAACCGACGACAUCAAGGUGCAGACUGAGGGAACGAUGAAAUGGUGUCAACAACUAAAAGAACAGGUGACUGCUAUGGAAAAUCGUAUUCGUUCUAAUAAUGCCAGAGGUCGUUCAGUCUUGAAUGACACUGCCAUCCAAGGAUUAUUUUCGACACUCACAGAGUUUCACUCACAGGUGUUGGGCGCCUUGACCAAACUGGAAGAGGAAAGAACCUACUACGAAUCAUUGCAAGAUCAUUUGGGACACAUCAGUGAAGCUCGUCUAGCUAUUGACGAACUCCGUGCUGAACAUAAAAGGAGACGAGAAGAACGUCUCGCUGAGGAACAAAGACAACGACAAGCUCAAAUGAAACAAACUUUGGAAAUGAUGCGCAUGAAGAAACACGUAAUGCUCAUGGAACAGCGAAAUUUUGCUCUGCAACGAUUUCAACAUCAAGAAAUGCAAGCGAGACGAAGUCAGAUGCAGCCAGGAGUGUUCUAUCCUAAUUAUGGGCAGCAGCAAACUGUUUCAUCUCAAGGCAGUUACCCUGCUUAUGCUAUACCUGGAUAUCAAGGAUUCCAACAACAGCAGUACUCAAAUCCUUAUCCAUCCUACCAACAGUAUCCUCCCAAUUCAGCCGUUGCUGCCCCAAAUCAAUGGCAAGACGCAGCAGCACCUGCUCAACAAGCUCAGUACUUGAAUUCUGCUGUUCAAGCGGCUCCUCUUGUUAAUGGAGGUGUACAACAACCUUCACAACUCCAACAUCAGCCACAGCCUUAUUAUCCUCCGAUGCAACAAGCAGGGCCUGCUUCAUACCACCAGCAGCCAGCGGAUGUGGCAGCGGCGGCUUCGAAUGGAGCGCCAGUACUACUAAAUAGUACCGCACAACCAUCUCAAAUACCACAAUAUCCGACUGCGCAUCAUCCUCAUCUUCUUCAGAAUACAGUGAACGGCACUGAAAUUCCAACUGUGCAACAACCUGAGCAAAAUGAACAACCACUGAUUUCAUUCGACUAG